UUUGUCUUACUUAUUAAAAUCUUUGCUUACUCAUCGGAGAUGUCGAUUUUGCUCAACAAAAACUCAAUUUCAUCUCACCUCCGAUAAAACCCAGAAGUUGAAGUAAAAAAAAAACUCUUACAACAAUCUCUCAGAUCCGUCUUUUGUGUUUCCUCUUUUUGUCGGUAUAAUUUCUGCUAUGGGGGAGACCGGAAGACACAAAUGGUUCUCCUUCCACCACCACCGCUCAGCCUCCGCCACGUCUAGGCCACAACACAACCCCGGCGAAACUCCGACCGAGUUCCUCUGUCCGAUCACCGGCUUCCUAAUGUCGGAUCCCGUCGUCGUAGCAUCGGGUCAGACAUUCGAGCGUAUCUCCGUCCAAGUCUGCCGGAACCUCGGGUUCGCCCCGAAGCUCAACGACGGGAGCCAACCCGAUUUGUCGACGGUGAUCCCUAACCUCGCAAUGAAAUCGACGAUUCUCAGCUGGUGCAACAGGAAGAAAGUGGAGCAUCCUCGGCCUCCUGACUACGCUUACGUCGAAGGCGUGGUCCGUGCACGGAUGGAUAAAGAGCCGCCCGGUACGGGUAACCGGGUCGUCGCGAGGUCGGAGAUUCUUCCUCCCGUCGCUGAGAAUUCUCCCUCGGAUUACGACUCCGUCAUGGGAGCGAUUCGAUCUCGGUCGAGAAACUCCAUAUCUUCCUCUACUUCUCUUCCUCUUCACCACCAUCACCGACCGUCAUCGGAAGCUGAGAAUCUAAACCGGAUCCAAAGCUCAUUCUCCACCUCAGAUUACUCGUCUUUCCCUCCGAUGUCGGAAGAAGAAGAGGAGAUUUACAACAAACUGAGGAGCGCGAACACAGUUGAUCACGAGCAAGGUUUGAUUCUUUUAAGGAAGAAGACGAGAACCAGCGAAAGCUCGAGGGUUUCGCUCUGUACGGACCGGAUCCUCUCCUUGCUCCGGUCUUUAAUCGUGUCUCGUUACAACAUCGUUCAGACAAACGCCGCUGCUUCGCUGGUCAACCUCUCGCUAGAGAAACCGAACAAGUUGAAGAUCGUGCGGUCUGGUUUCGUUCCUUUGCUGAUCGAUGUUCUGAAGUCGGGGUCAACGGAGGCGCAAGAGCAUGUCGUCGGGGCGUUGUUCAGCUUAGCGGUGGAGGAAGAGAACAAGAUGGUGAUCGGAGUUCUCGGCGCGGUGGAGCCGCUGCUCCACGCGCUGAGAUCGUCGGAGAGCGAGAGAGCGCGUCAGGACGCGGCUCUCGCGCUUUACCACCUGUCGUUGAUCCCGAACAACCGAACCAGGCUGGUCCGAGCUGGUGCGGUGCCGAUGAUGCUGGCGAUGGUGAGGUCCGGCGAGUCUGCGAGCAGGAUCCUUUUGUUGCUGUGUAACCUCGCGGCUUGUUCGGAAGGGAAAGGAGCUAUGCUUGAUGGAAACGGAGUGGCGAUACUUGUUGGGAAGCUUCGAGAAGGUGGAGCUGGUUCGGAGGAGGCGGCGCGUGAGAAUUGCGUGGGGGCUUUGUUGACAUUAAGUGCCGGGAAUAUGAGGUUUAGGGGACUGGCGAGUGAGGCUGGAGCGGAGGAGGUUCUGACGGAUAUUGUGGAGAGUGAGAGUGGAAGCGAGCGGUUGAAGGAGAAGGCGGGGAAGGUUCUGCAGGCAAUGAGAGGCGGAGAGAGGGAGUUUGGAGAAGGUGCGGAGGCGCGUGAGUGGAACCGGAUGUUGGAAGCGAGUGGGCUAAGUCGUUCUCAGUUUCAAGGAGGACAAAAAGAAGGUUUCGCUUAUUCUUCUCAAUUUUAACGUAAUUCAAACCCUUUUUAUUUUCUUUUUUAUUGGUACAAAUAUAUUUUUUUUCCAAGGUUUUUUUUUCACUCUUUACAAUUUUUUUUCGUUUUACUAUGUAUACUCUUGAACAAAGAGAGGUGGCAAUUAUUUGGGGGAGUGAAUUUGUAAUAUUUUGAUUGUU